CGCACCUUUAGGAAUGUAUUAAUUUAUGAAAUAAAAGCUUACAUUAUGGAUAUACAAAAUUAUUUUUUUAACCUAAAAAGGCAACCUUUAUAUUAAGUUAAAUUAAAAUGGAAAUGAGCUUUCAAAUACUGGCGACUAUGAAGUUAAACAUACAACCGAGUGAUAACUGGGCGAACAUAGCUGUACACAGUACAAAUAGAAAACUGUGUUUGCCUUUUAAUGUCUCGGAAGAGGAUAGACUGGUGGAAGAAAAUCGGUACUCUGUAUUACAUUAUGAGUACCUAAUCUUUUCGCUAGUAACAUCUACCUUUGCUUUCAUACAAGAUAGACUUUAGGGUAAGACAAAAAGAUUGGGGUUUGACGGAUUUGCUUCUACGAAAAGCUAAAGAUACCGCAUUGUCGCGAUGAAAAAAAUACGAUACAUGAAAGGUUUGUCAAUGCAACUGAAGAGUAGAGAAGAUAGGAGUUUUUUUUGAAUUGAAGUUCAUACAUUGCACUACUGUGAAUAG